GAUCAUUUCCCCAAUGCGUUAAGAUAUUUGCUUAGUUAUAUUGGGUGUUUUAGCUUUGGGCGAGUGUGAAUAAAGAGUAUUAAAGGACGGGGUCAGGCGAUAUGGGCUACGCCCAUUCAUCGACAUUUCACCUAUUUCGUGAAGAAUUGUACAUUGUUUCAUUUUGUUGGGGGAUGUUGUGUAAAAUGACUCGGUGUCAGUGAGUCCGUGCACAGACCAACCAUGAGCUACAAAGCGUUAUACAGAUACAAUUCCAGCGAACCAGGCACGUUGUGCUUUGAGGAAGGCGAUAGGUUCACCCUGCUGGACGGCAGCGCUGACCCCAACUGGUGGCAAGUAGCGGACGUCCAUGGACAUGUUGGCUUUGUGCCACACAAUUACAUUGAGGAAAUAAAAGACCAUAAACUAGAUGACGUCAUUUCAUCCAUCGACAGGGCGAUCGAGUUCGUUCACCUGUCAGCGACUCAGAAAGGCGGCACAUUCACCCACGAGCAGAGGAAAACACUACAGAAGCUAAUCGAGCAUCGACAGACAGUAUUAAAAAACCAGUCUGCGUCUGCAGACAGCCCGGUCAAAAAGCAAGCUCCAACUCGCUCCAAGUCACGGUCAUCAGGGAAACACCGAUCAGCCCCACCCCCGCCCAUCCGAGCCAGUGACACACAGACGACUUCAAAGAGCCCACCACCCUCCUCAACGCAACCGGAGACAGAGUCAAACCCGCCCAAUGACAGACUUUCAUCGCCGGUGCUAAAUAACGACACCGAACGGCAGCCGAGCGCAACGCAUGCAGAGCCCACGUCUCCUCUUCGGAGUCCAUCUUCGGAGUCCGUGCCAGGCAAACUCGGCCAAGAUUUGCUGGAGCUCGUGCGCAUAAACACUGGGCUGAGUUAUGCCAAAUGCACAACGGCUUUAAACGCUGUCUUCAGUCAUGUCAGGGAGUCUGUCCCGUCAGUGGCUGGGACUAUGGACAAGAUCCUUCAGUCUCUACAGCAGACAGCAAAUGCUUCAGUGUCUGACGGCAAGUUGUCCCUGGAGGGCAGUAUGGACAAGGAAAGGUUAGAGGUCAUCUUUGCGGAGCUGACAGAUUGCAAGAACGACUCCCAGCAGAGGAGCUGGGCCUUGCACGAAGAUGAGGCAGUCAUCAGCGAAUACUUGGAGGAACUCACGACAAUCUUGAGCGACGCCAAUCCUGAUGUGUGCAAAGCUGUCAUAUACAGAGACAACUACGAAGUCAUCAACUCACUGGUCUUGUACUACCAAAUGGAGCACCGCACCUCCCUGCGUCUCCUCCUCCUCAAGGCCUUCGGUGUCCUGUGCGGUCUGGAGUCACUCAUCCUCUCCCAACUACUCAGCUCGGUCCUCCUGGUUGAACUCGCCCGGGACAUGCAGGCGGACGCCCGGAGCCUACAGAAGCUCUGCUUCUCCUCACUAGUAGCCACAAUGUUACUGUCCAGCGGCCAGCCACUGCCUUACACGCACUACGAUCAGCUGAACGAAGAGUUUGUCAGCUUCUUACUCAACAACAUUGAGGAUCCGCCGCCUGAGGACGAAUCAGAGCAAAUCCCGGAUCUGUUUGUCAAUCUUGUGCUGGCCUUCAAUCUUCACUUUACAGAUCUAUCUGCAAAUUUGGUGAUGACGGUCUUGGCCAGGCGGAAGACGUCAAGAACAUUCAGCGAGAAGAUAAUGAUCCUGGUUAACCGUGAAGUUGACCCAGUGCGGAUGUUUGAGUAUGAGCCCAAGCCGCCCAACUCACUGCUCAAGAUCCUCUGUGACAUCUUCGCCAGCGCCGACACCUCUUCCCUGUUCUACACCAAUGACAUGAACGUUCUGAUUGAUAUCAUCAUCAGGCAGCUGACGGACAGAUGUCCAGGAGAUAAGCUGAGGACAGAGUACCUGUCCCUGAUUCACAGCAUCCUCAAGAUGCCUGUCUACUGGGAGCACAAGCACCGUCUGGCCGACCUGAAGAGAACCCUGGAGAAGAUCGCCAAGGAGCAGGAAGCGGAGAGCAAACCAGACAAGCAGAUACUCAUGGACAUCCGCAAGGAAUGCAAGUUCAACUUCACAAUUACGUUCUGAGAGGCGAGAUUAUGGCCUCCAUGCAUGGGCGUCGUCAAUCUAAUUUCGAUGAAGGGGGGGGGGGGGGUGUUGUGACAACAAAUUCCUAACAAACCCUCAACAAACCUUCCAUGUUUAAAGUAGGCGGACUGGGAAGUAAGAGGGGGGGGGGGGGUUGGACACUAUCUGACUAAUAGUGACGCUGUUCAAAGUGGAAAUUUUUGUACACUAUUAGACAAUAGGUGGCACUAUUUAUUGCGGUAUAUUUGCCAAAUAACACAUGAUUUUG